AAAGAAAAAAAAAAGAAAAAGCAAUCAAAAUCCCGCAAUGGCGUAGCUGGUGCCAUUAAUUCCCUCACCUUCCUCUUCCCAAACCAUUUCCCUUCCUCUCUAUUUCAUCACCUCCUCUCUUUCCCUCUCUCCUCUUCAAUUCCACCGCUGCUCCAUCAAAAGAAAAGGCCCUAGAAACACACAUCCGAUCUCUUUCACUUCAGAUCGCGACCAAUGGCGGCGACGGCGGCAGUGCCCUCGAUCUUCGCAUUCGCAGUGGCGAUGAUGGCGAUUCACGGCAUUGCAGCGCAGGCACCGGCGCCGGGGCCGGCGGGGGAAGUGGAUUGCUUUACCACGCUGCUGAACAUGUCGGAUUGCUUGUCGUACGUGACGACGGGGAGUAAUGAUACGAAGCCGAACAAGCAAUGCUGUUCGGAACUGGCGGGGCUGGUGGAGAGUAGCCCUAGCUGUCUCUGUCAGUUGCUUAGCGAUCCUGAUAAAGUUGGAUUAACCGUUGAUAUUGACAGAGCUAUGAAGCUUCCUUCCGCCUGCAGCGUCUCCACUCCUCCUGUUUCUCUCUGUUCACUUUUGGGAUUUCCAGUGGGAUCAGCAAAUAGUCCAGCACCAGCACCAGCACCAGGUGUUCAACCACCGGAUGCAGGAGACUCUGGCAUCGCCGGCACCCCGGGAAACAGCGGGAACAGGGCUUCAAGCAUCGACCGCCUUCAUCUUGCAUUUCCACUUGGCUUAGCCUUAGCAUUUCUUCCUUCACUUCUCUAACCAAGAUAUCUUCUUUGAUUAUCUGUUAUUGUUUGCCUAUUCUUCUGUAUUUCCUUUUCAAUUUAGAAGUCAUUGUAUUGUACUGAGAUAUUUUCAUGAUUGUUUUGUUAGGUAAUAAAAUGUUAGCUUCUAUUCAAA